CCCGUCGCGGGUGGGGGCGGCCCGGGAGCGGCGCGCGGCGGCGGCGGCCCGGCGGGACCGAGGGGGGCGGGGCCGGCCGGGGACCGGAGCAUGGGUGGGCGCGCCUGACGGGGCCGGGGACCCCCGCGCGGCGGGAGCAGCGGGAAGAUGCAACUGAGCCGCUGCUGCUUCGUGUUCCUCGUGCAGGGCAGCCUGUAUCUGGUCAUCUGUGGCCAGGAAGACGGUCCCCCUGGCUCCGAAGACCCUGAGCAUGAUGAUCACAAGAGCCAGCCUCGGGCCCGGAUGCCCCGGAAGCGCGGCCACCUCUCACCCAGGUCCCGCUCCAUGGCCAACGCCACCCUGCAGGGGCUGCUGGCACCACCCGGGGAGGCAUGGGGGGGCCCCGGGCAGCCCCCCAACCGCCUGAGCCAGAGCUCCCCACCCUCGGCCAAGGUGAAGAAAAUCUUUGGCUGGGGCGACUUCUACUCCAACAUCAAGACGGUUGCCCUGAACCUGCUGGUCACAGGCAAGAUUGUGGACCACGGCAACGGGACCUUCAGCGUCCACUUCCGGCACAACGCCACGGGCCAGGGCAACAUCUCCAUCAGCCUCGUGCCCCCCAGUAAGGCCGUCGAAUUCCACCAGGAGCAGCAGAUCUUCAUCGAAGCCAAGGCCUCCAAGAUCUUCAACUGCCGGAUGGAGUGGGAGAAGGUGGAGCGGGGCCGGCGCACGGCCCUGUGCACGCACGACCCCGCCAAGAUCUGCUCCCGGGACCACGCGCAGAGCUCGGCCACCUGGAGCUGCUCCCAGCCCUUCAAGGUCGUCUGCGUCUACAUCGCCUUCUAUAGCACGGACUAUCGGCUGGUGCAGAAGGUGUGUCCCGACUACAACUACCACAGCGACUCCCCCUACUACCCGUCCGGCUGACCCCAGCCAGGCUGCCCCACAGGAGGUCCCCCGGCUGGACGCUGGGCAGGGCAGGAAGGGGGUGCAGAAGAGGAGGAGGAGGAGGAGGAGGAGGAGGAGAGGCCGAGGGGGGCCAGGAAGAGGGUCCCAAGGGCUGGCCGUGGGCUGAGGAAGGGCCAGGCACGGGAGCGGGACCCCGGGGAGGCUCCCUGCAGCGCCUGGGGGAACCAGCCCUCCCCACCCCUCCCCUGCACCGGAGCAGAAGGUUGCAGAUUAAGUCUUGGGGGAGGAAUCUGGCUCCCUCCCUGUCCCUCUGAGGAAGGACAGGACAGAGGAGCUGGCUAACAGGGGCUUUCUGCGAGCCAGCCCGGCAGGGUACAGCGGCCACUCUCCAGCCCCCUCCAGGGCAGCCCGGAGCCUCCAGCCCCGCCUGAGGCUUGGACCCUGCUUGAAGCUCAAGCAGUGACCCUGGGAACCUGCGGUUUUCACCAACAGACCACCUGUCCCCAGCCAGGGCACCCCCUUCCGGAGUUCCCUCUCCUGCCCUCACCCCGACAACCUGUGCCCACACUUAUGCUGAGGAGACACCGUCCUUCGUGUGAGGGGCCUGUCCCUGCACCCGUGCCCCUGCCUGCUGGUGUCCCUCUUCCACCCCAUCCCGUUGGUGUGUCCUCGUCCCGCUGACCAGCCUCACCCCAGCGGUGUCCUGAGCUCCCCCACCCCCACCCCCUGGCCCGGGGACCGCCUAGGGCCCUCACAGCUGGGCGGGGGAGGCCAGCGCUGAGGGGUGCGCUGCUCUGUUCUGUGGUAUCUGUCUGUGGAGGGGGGCGGGGGGGACGGGCUUGUGAAGUCACCUGAAUGUCACCCUUGUGUGCGUGUGUGUACGCGGGAUCUCGUGCUGGGCGUGGGAAUAAAGCUUGCCCGGGCA